AUGCCCAUAACUAUGGAGGAUGUGUUGAAGUUUAAUAAUAUAGUAACUUUAAUUGCAUUUUGUUUGAGUCCUAAGGAUUAUUUGUGUUUCCAGCAAUUGAACAAAUCUUUGUAUCAUGACUAUCUGCAAGGAUAUAGUGAUUUGGAAUACUGGAAUCGUAGGUUAAUUGAUAUCGGCUUAGCUGAAGAUUAUGUUGUCGAGGAAGGUGAAUAUGAUGUUGUGAAUAUUUUUGAUAGAAUAAAGGGUUUUCAGAAGAUAAAUUCACGAGAGGUGUAUAAGAAGUUCCACCUGUGUUUUUGGCCGUAUAUUCGGAAGUUGUAUGAUUCUGAUAUGGAGCAUUUCUUUCCUGAUGGUUUGGAUCUUCUUUCUAAGGCCAAAAUUCUCAAAAACAUUGAGAAGUUUAACCAGUGCAAUCGCAAUAAUUGGGAGUUGUACAACCGUGUACAAAUGAAUCUUCAUUUAUUUGAGGAGAACUUUGUUCGGAGCAUUCAUGAGGAAUUGCAUAGGUUGUUGGACGAAAAGAACUUUAAAGAUGCGGUGAAGUGUGUUGAUGUAUCUAUUGCUAUGGAGGAACAGAAUAGUAUAAUCAAAUUUUUUAAUGAGAAGUACGAAUAUAUGAAGGCUGAGCUUCUCGAUACUUCGAUAUUUGAUGAAAGGACUUGUGAACUUGAUGAGGAGCAUUUAGAUCGAAUUCUGAUGAAGUUUGCUGAGUUUCUUAAUGAGAAGGUAGAAAUAGCGGACGCUUUAUUUGGUGAUAAGUUGUCUGUUAUUCAUUCGUUUGCGGAGAAGUUUGUUGGUGAUAUAGUUGUGUGGUAUAUCCACGAACAGCUUAACGGAGAGGUUCCAUGGAAGCAGGAGCCAGAUGAUGUGUUACGUUUUGUGCGUUUUAGGCGAAAAGUUGAGUAUUUGCCUCUUGUUUAUAGAAGAGCAUCGGAGGUUUUCAUGAAGGAGAUAAAGUCCAGCUUGAAUGGUGGAUCUUCGUUUAGUCAUGCUGUUAGUGGCUUACUUGUGGAGUUCUUGCUGGCGGACAUUAUAAUGUAUUUGGACACUAUAGUUGGAGUAUUUGAGGACAGUGUAGAGAAAGGAUUCAGCGUUUAUGCUGAAUUUAAUAAUAAAAAGCAGAAUGAGCGUCACGAGGAGAUAUAUGAAUCUUUGAGGGAUAAGGUAGAUAGCAAGCAGUUGUUGGAUGAAAAGAAUAGGUUUUUGUCCUCUUUCACCAAGAUGUUGAAGAUAAAUAGCAAUUCGAAGUCGUCUGUGCAGGAAAAGCUAGCUUUGGCCUAUAACUUUAAUAAGAUGAAUGAUAAUUUAAAGAAUCUAAACGCCCUAGUUUCUGUGGACUUUUGUUAUAAGGCCGUCCAAUUCUGUAAAGAAUGCAUGGAUGAUAUCUCUACUUUUGAUGAUCUAAGGAUUGUUUCGGAGAAGGUAAAACGCUGUCGCACGGAAGUCUACGAGGUGUUAUUACGCGUUAUGGGUGAGAAACAUGUAAAGCCUGGCUUCCAGCGAGCAAUGGAGCUUUUGGAACAGUACGAUUCGAACUAUCUAAAUAAGUUGGGUGUAGAAGAGGACGCGACUGUACCGAAGGUGGAGCCUUUGAUUAAGUUUACAGAGUUGAUAAAUAUAGGGGAUAUUAUCUUACAAAUGGUGUCUGUUUUUGAGGAGAGUGAGAGUUCUAAGAAGAAAUUCGAGAAGAUGAUGGAUGAUUUUGUUGCGGAUGGUCUAAAUAUUGGUAUUAACAAGCUUAUGGAGGAGAUUGUUUUCGUGUUUAAUACUACGCAGUUGCCAGACGAUUUUAACCCUGGAGGAGGAGGUGGAGAAUUGCGGGAGAUCAAGGCAUCAGUAUGUGCUCGAAGGAUAGUAGAGUUGCUUUCUAACCAUUGUUUCCUCUUGACGGGAGCUACGGAGAUCGAUGUAUUCCAGCAAGAAGUAGGUGAGAGGUUUUUCCACGAAGUAGUAAAGAAUAUUAAGAAGAACAUAAUAUCUACAGAAGGAGCAAUCUACUUGAUUUGUGAUCUAAAUUAUUAUUACGAUUUCAUAGCAAAUAAGUUGAAGCAGAAACAAAUUAUUCCUCUAUUUGCUGGGUUAAAGGCUGUAGGACAAAUUUUUUUAGUAUCUGGUAAGGACUCAAAAGAGUUAGGAAGAAUGAUAUGCGAAUUUCAGGGAAUAUUUACUCAAGAAGAAAUAUAUGAGCUUGUUCAAAGAAGAGCAGAUUGGUCUAGAGUAAGAAAAGACGUCGAGAGAGUAAUGUAUAGCGAUUGUCUAAUUAUGUAG